CUCAUAUAUACACUAUUUCGCGAAUUACUCACGACUAUCCAAUAGUGUGAGCAAGUAGAGCUGUAUUCGUGUACGACGCGAAUUACUGUCGUUUCAGGGCUUCGAGAACAUGACGGACGACGAGGUGCUCGCCAAAGACCGCGCCGAGCACCCCGAGUGCAACUACACGACGAGCCUCUCGACUGCCUGCCGCAGCGUCAACGGCGAUCGCACAUGCGAGACAAUCCGCAAGAUCUAUCGCUGCUGCCCAGGCAAGCCAAAGGAGCUCAUCAUUAAUUCGAGUACGAAGGAAGAGGGCGCCGCCGCCGACGACAACAACACUGUCGCGGACGACCCGUUCCGCCACUUUGGCCCUCGCCGACGCGACGGCCCGGCCUUUUCGAUGGGCGACGAUCCGUUUGAGGCGAUGGACGGCUUCUUCCGCGGUAUGAUGGGCGGCACUGGCCCGUUUGGCGGCUUUGACCAGAUGCCACGACCGCCGCAGCACGAGACGCCGCCGCACCACGGCUACGAACGCCCGCGGGCGCCACGGCGCCAGGCCCCGCCCCAGAAAGAUGUAUUCGAUGGCUUUGACGGCCGUGUCGAAGAAAUCUAGCCAUCAUUAUUCCGUGUCGCUGGCUGUCGCUGCAGCGUGUCUACGCUCGCGCCUUGGUUUAGCGCAUCGCACGAAGCGAAUCAGCUCAGCACCGCGCUGCCUCUCUUCUCUGCUGCGCGUUGGUGUGGCUGAGUACCAAGGUUUUGGACGUAUGGCUGCAACUCUGGGAAAACGUGAGACCAAGGUGCAAUGCAGCUGCGUUCUGCGUUCACAUUUGCUUGGCCUUUCCAGUGGCGCGUGUCGCGGAGACUUCGAAUGCCCCUGACGACGCUGGUCCUGGCGCCAAGGGGCAGCUGCGCCGGGUGGAGUUUGGUGUGGCAUCCGCUGCCAGCAGGCAUGAAACUCCGUCGCGGGCGGCUACUGCGCUUGAAUAUUUCGCUUCGAGGCAGUGGACGGCGCUUGCUACAGCUCUUCCCAUCGCUCGAAGCUCGUGACUACCUUUCGUGUCGAAGCUGUUCGAGUUUUUAGGCCUAAAAUGGUGUGUUCGUGAAAGUCCGGCCUUGUGUUAAUGUGCAUUGAUGUUUCAC